ACAGCGGAUGUGUGUCGCCGCUUAGGUGACGCUGGGAAGUGCUUGCAGCCCCCGCCGCUGCCUUUUGGUUGAAGCACUAUGGAGGGAGAGAGGAAGAACAACAACAAACGGUGGUAUUUUACUCCAGAACAGCUGGAAAAUAGCCCGUCGCGUCGUUUCGGCGUGGACUCAGAUAAAGAACUAUCUUAUCGCCAGCAGGCGGCCAAUCUACUCCAGGACAUGGGACAACGUCUUAACGUCUCACAACUGACUAUCAACACUGCUAUAGUAUACAUGCACCGGUUCUAUAUGACUCAAUCUUUUACACAGUUUCAUCGCUAUUCUAUGGCUCCAGCAGCCUUGUUUCUAGCAGCAAAAGUGGAAGAACAGCCAAAAAAACUGGAACAUGUCAUCAAGGUAGCACAUACUUACCUCCAUCCACAGGAGUCACUUCCUGACACGAGGAGCGAGGCAUACCUACAACAAGUUCAAGAUCUGGUGAUUAUAGAGAGCAUAAUUUUGCAGACCCUCACAAGCAAGGACUUAGCACAGACAUCUUACUUCAUGGCAACCAACAGCCUGCAUUUGACCACAUUUAGCCUGCAGUACACACCUCCUGUGGUGGCCUGUGUCUGCAUCCAUCUGGCUUGCAAGUGGUCCAACUGGGAGAUCCCAGUCUCAACUGACGGGAAGCACUGGUGGGAGUAUGUUGACGCCACUGUGACAUUGGAACUUUUAGAUGAAUUGACACAUGAAUUUCUACAGAUUCUGGAGAAAACUCCAAGCAGGCUGAAACUCAUUAGAAAUUGGAGGGCAUACCAGGCUGCCAUGAAAACUAAACCAGAUGACCGAGGAGCAGAUGAAAACACAUCAGAGCAGACAAUCCUCAAUAUGAUUUCUCAGACCUCUUCAGACACGACUAUUGCAGGAUUAAUGAGCAUGUCAACUACUUCUACUACAAGUGCAGUGCCUUCCCUUCCUGUCUCUGAAGAGUCAUCAAGCAGUCUAACUAAUGUGGAUAUGUUGCAAGGCGAGCGAUGGCUGUCUUCCCAACCUCCUUUUAAACUAGAAUCUUCUCAGGGUCAUCGGACUAGUGAGAAUUUAGCACUUAUUGGAGUUGAUCAUUCCUUGCAACAUGAUAGUUCGAAUGCAUUUGUUUCCCAGAAGCAGAUUAGUAAGAGCGUGCCAUCAGCUAAAGUUUCACUUAAAGAGUACCGUGCAAAGCACGCUGAGGAGCUGGCUGCUCAGAAGAGGCAGCUGGAGAAUAUGGAGGCCAAUGUGAAGUCACAGUAUGCAUAUGCCGCUCAGAAUCUCCUGUCCCACCAUGACAGCCAUUCUUCAGUCAUUCUGAAGAUGCCCAUUGAGGGCUCAGAAAAUCCUGAACGACCUUUUUUGGAAAAGGCUGACAAGUCAGCUCUGAAAAUGAGACUCCCGGUGGCCAGUGGAGAUAAAGCAUCCUCCUCAAAACCAGAGGAGAUGAAAAUGCGCAUUAAAGUCCACUCUGCAGCUGAGAAGCACAAUUCUGCAGAGGACAGCAUCUCCAAGAGCCGGGAGCACAAAGAAAAGCACAAGCCUCAUCCGUCCAACCACCAUCACCAUCAUAAUCACCAUUCACACAAGCACUCUCACUUACAGCUGCCUGUCGGUGCUGUGAACAAACGGCCAGGUGACCCAAAACACAGCAGCCAGUCCAGCACCUUAGCACACAAACCAUAUAGUUUGUCUAGUACUUUGUCUUCUUCGAGCUCUACUCGUAAGAGGGGUCCCCCGGAAGAGACUGGGGCAGCAGUGUUUGAUCAUCCAGCCAAGAUUGCCAAGAGUACUAAAUCCUCUUCCUUGAAUUUCCCCUUCCCUCCUCUUCCUACAAUGACCCAGUUGCCUGGGCAUAGCUCAGACACAAGUGGCCUGCCCUUUUCACAGCCUAGCUGUAAAACUCGAGUUCCUCAUAUGAAACUGGAUAAAGGCCCUCCUGGGGCUAAUGGUCACAACACAACUCAGUCAAUAGAUUAUCAAGAUACUGUGAAUAUGCUCCACUCCCUGCUCAGUGCCCAGGGUGUUCAGCCCACUCAGCCCCCUGCAUUUGAAUUUGUUCAUUCUUACGGUGAAUAUAUGAAUCCACGAGCUGGUGGAAUCUCCAGAUCUGGCAAUACAGACAAACCUCGACCACCACCCCUACCAUCAGAACCACCUCCACCACUUCCACCUCUUCCCAAAUGAAAAAAAAAAAAUGAGGCGAAAACUUAAAAAACAAAAACACUUUGUUUUUGGGGGAUUUUUGGUUUGUUUUUGUUUUGACUACUGAUACUGGACUACGAAAAUUACAUCCCUUAUGAAAUAUGUCACCAUUGGACUAAGGAAUAAAUUGAUAUUGAGACAGGUGGGAGGGUGGUGGAGGCCUCAGUUAUUACAUCUGCCUCAUACAUCUAUCUUAUAGUCUGUACUGGUAUCAGAGGUAAGAUUGUGUUGAAGCUGUGAAGGAUUAAGAACACUGUUCUUGGCCUCUCCUCAUCCUUAUGGGGUUGAUUGAAGUACUCUUCCCCUCUUCUUGCUGGAACUGAAUCGUGGGGGUGAUCAAGCAGUUUGUUUAACAUAUCAGAAGAGGGAGUAUUUAAACGUCAGAUCUUUAAGAGACUUAAAAAUAAUUUAAAGA